AUGCGGCUCUGAACCCUUCCCGGCCAAUUCCAUUUCUUUCUUGCUUGCUUCCGGAACUGGCUUUCUUCCCCCUUUCCUCACCUCUGGGUAACCGCCAUAACCAAGAACCUAAGCUCACCUUCUCCUACGGCGGCGGCGACGGCGGCUGGUGCUGCACCGGCGGCUCGUGAGAUGGAGGACGACUGCGGCGUGGCGGCUGGCAGUGGCGGCGGCGGGAGCUUCGCUAAGAAGCCGUUCCAGUUCGCGCGGUCGCUGACAUAUCACCACCACCAGGGCCACCGGCCGUCGGCGGCCAAGUGGCGGCGGCACCACCAGGUCGCGUACGAGCCCCGCGCGCGGCCGCAGGCGGUGGUGCUCUACACGACGUCGCUGCGCGGGGUGCGGCGCACGUUUGCGGACUGCUCCGCGGUGCGCGCCAUCCUGCGCGGGUUCCGCGUGGCCGUGGACGAGCGGGACGUGUCCAUGGACGCCGCGUUCCGGCGGGAACUCCAGGACCUUCUCGCCGCGCGCGGCCGCGCCUUCACGCUCCCGUUGCUGCUCAUCGGCGGGCGCCUCGUCGGCGGCGCGGACGAGGUACGGCACCUGCACGAGACCGGGCAGCUCCGGCGGCUCCUUGAGGGCGCCGCCGGCCAGGACCCUGCCUUCGUCUGCGAUGCCUGCGGCGGCGUCCGGUUCGUCCCCUGCCUCUCUUGCGGCGGCAGCCGCAAGUUGUUCCUCGAGGAGGAAGAUCGCGUUGUACGCUGCGGUGACUGCAACGAGAACGGAUUGGUACGCUGCGCUAAAUGCUGUUCUUGAUCGUCAAAGAUGCGAUCUUUCCCGUUCCAUUCGUGCUAGUAAUUAAAGGAUUAGAGGUUUUAGAAUCAAGAGAAAAACAAAAAAGAGGUACCUUUCGCUUCUUGGCGUGGGAUUUGGGUAUAUCCGAUCAUUUGGGAAUUGGAUUGCUUCUUAUGGAGAAGAACAUAUUGUUCUUGGCUCCUUGCUGCAAAAUUGUCAUACGGUGAUGGCAAUUGGAUAAUAAGAACCGAGCUUGUAUGUAUAUAUAUGUGAUAUAUGGAAGAUUGACAAUGCUAUUAGUUCAAUCAAUGUAAAUAUUUAAGUUUGGAGUGAUCA